CCUCAGUCCACCGCUUGACUUGGAAUUAAUAGAAUAUUCAUCCCUGCUAACUUAGAGCUUUGCCCUCAUCUUCAGUUCUUGGUGGCUGAGUAUUUUCCAAUGGCAGAAAAUUUGGAGGAGGAGAAGAACAUACUCAAAAGCCAAGCGCUUUUGGAGUACAUACUUGAGAAAAACGCUUACCCAAGAGAACAUGAACAAUUGAAGAGAUUGAGAGAAGCCACCGUCAAGAAAUAUAAAGAACUUGGGAUAUUGGGUGUGCCAGCAGAUGAAGGGCUGCUCUUAUCAAUGUUUCUGAAAGUUAUGAAUGCAAAAAAUACACUGGAAGUUGGAGUCUUCACUGGCUACUCUCUUCUUGCAACCGCUCUUGCGUUGCCUGCUGAUGGCAAAAUAACAGCCAUUGAUAUAGAUAGAGAAGCCUAUGAGGUGGGAUUGCCGUUCAUUAGGGCAGCUGGUGUAGAACAUAAAAUUAACUUCAUUCAAUCAGACGGCGUCGCUGCCCUAAACGAGCUCAUUAACGAUGGAGAAAAUGAAGGAGCAUUUGAUUUUGCAUUUGUCGAUGCUAAAAAAGAGGACUACAUAAAAUAUUAUGAGGCACUUUUGAAACUUGUAAAGGUUGGUGGAGUAAUAGCAUUUGAUAACACCCUAUGGUAUGGAUCAGUGGCAGAGGCUGAUGAGAAAUUUAACAGCUUCACCAGGGAAAACAAAAAACAUGUAUUGAAGAUAAAUGAGAUUCUAGCCAACGAUCCACGUAUUGAAUCCUCUCUAGUUUCAAUUGGGGAUGGAGUUACCUUCUGCAGGCGUCUUUAUUAGCCAAAAAAAAGUUCAUCUCUGUUUGAAUAUGUUUAUAAGGUGGUCUAUCCUCUCUUCUUCUUCUUCUUCCUUUUUUUUUUUUUUUUGGGUAAUAGCGGUGUCUAGCUUUCUAUUUGCAAUAAAAUAAACUAAAAUAUGAAAAAUGUAUUCAGACUAUAUAUCAUAUAUGAUGUGACAAUGUGAACUCCUUCAAAUUUACGGA